UUUUUUUCACAUCAUAGUCAAGCCUUUUCAUUCUUACCAGCAGGUAGACGAUACAAAGAAAUAAGUGGUGUUUGUCGUUCCUUUCAGUCUUGAAUCUAGAAACGACAGCUUCAAGUAUAAUUUGUGAGUGAAAUUUUCUGUAAAAAUUAUAAAUAAUUAAGGAUUUAUAAAUUAAUAUUGUCUCAUCUAUUCAAAUAAUAAUUAGCUUAAGUCUGCAGCGCAGAUUACUAUACGACAAUAAAAUAUCUGAAAUAUUAAAGUAAAAUGCCUAAGAAUAAAGGUAAAGGAGGAAAAAAUCGUCGUCGUGGAAAGAAUGAAAAUGAAUUUGAAAAACGUGAGUUGAUUUUCAAGGAGGAUCAACAGGAGUAUGCACAGGUCACAAAGAUGUUGGGAAAUGGUCGCUUGGAGGCUAUGUGCUUUGAUGGUGUCAAACGUCUUUGCCACAUUCGGGGGAAACUCAGAAAGAAGGUUUGGAUAAAUCAAGGUGACAUAAUUUUAGUUGGUUUACGUGACUAUCAAGACUCAAAAGCUGACGUCAUCCUAAAGUACACACCUGAUGAAGCCAGGAAUUUGAAAACAUACGGCGAGUUCCCAGAAUCAGUGCGUAUUAACGACACAGUCACGUUCGUUGAAGAUGGCUUUGAUGAAGAUAUUGAAUUUGGUGAUGAGAUAAGUUCAGAAGAUGACGCUGACUCAGUAGAUAAUAUCUGAUUAACAGCAAUCAAUAAAAUAACUACUAAUGAAGAAGAAAUCACUUAAACAAAAUAUAUACCAUUUAGUUAAAAAAUUCCUUUCUACGUCAUUGGAACAAAUCCAUUUUAAGCUACGAAUUUCGAACAGUGUUAAUUGAUUGCAAAAAAAAUUACAUUUCUAAAGGAACAUGAAACAGUUUAAUAAAAAAAAAGCAAUAAUAUAUUUAAUAAAACAGCCAUAGUAAUAACUAUAAAUUUUUUCAAUUUUAUUGUAAUACAUCAUAACUCCGAAAAAUGCAAAAGUAAAUCAAUCUAAAUAUAAAAUUUUUAAAAAAUGUUUUAAUGAAAUUCAAAUUAUUAAAUAUUAGAAACAUAAAUCAAAGCUGUAGUUAUAAACAAAAUUAUCGUUACAAAAUGUAUAAGUUAAACGAAUUAUUCGGUUAUAUGUAUAGGAGUCUAUAAUUUAUGUAGAGUUAUAGCUAUUAGAUGCAUAGUUCUAAUACAUUAUAAAUACAUUAUCUGUUAAAAUAAUGAUCGUCUAUUCUCUAUAACUCCAGCAUAAGCUAAUAUUUACUCCCUCAUAUCCACUAAAAAGUAUGUUUUUGUUAAUUUUAGUUUAGGUAAACAGUUGAAGAUUAUUAUUUCUUUUCUUAUAUUAUAAAUUAUUUUUAUUGUAAAAAAAAAUAUAUAUAUACAUAAAUAUUAAUAAAUUAAAGUAAAAGGA